GGGACAGUCACAGUGUGCGCGAGGAGGACGCCACAGGGAUGAAGUUCAGGACACAACACGAAGUGGAUGUUUGGAGGCGAACACCGCCGUGAUUGGAAACGUUCAUACGGGCGAGAAAAACACACGGAGGGACUUUUGACUUUGUUUUUUUUUUGGCAAGCGCGUAUUUGGACACGAGCGCAUCGUUACGCAGGAGAGAGAAACGCACCUUCUAAAAUACCUUCAGACCUUCAACCAGCGGGAUGUUCAGAUGAGAGCAGUAACUCGGACAGGUCCUUCGGGAGUCUCUGCGAUGACAGUUGUGACCCUGCCUGGUUGAGCAGCCUCGCCUCCCUCUGCUGUGUCCAGUGCCGUGGCGCCCUCUGCUGUUUGACCGAGGAAGGACAGGCAGAAUGGGGACCAGGCUGGAGGAGGGGAUGAACGGCGUCAUCGUCAGCCACUACAACCACUCAGGGAAGUGGGACCGGCCUCGCAGCAGCGGGGCCUGCAAGAUGGCCGUGCUGCUCAUCAUCUGCAUGCUGAUUGUUCUGGAGAACGUCACGGUCCUGCUCGCUCUCUGGAGGAACAAGCGCUUCCACAGUCGCAUGUACUUCCUCAUUGGGAAUCUGGCGCUGUCGGACCUGCUGGCCGGUGUGGCCUACGUGGUCAACAUCUUCACCUCAGGAAGCAACACCUACUUCCUGACGCCGGUGCAGUGGCUGGCCAGAGAAGGGAGCAUGUUCGUGGCCCUCAGCGCAUCCACGUUCAGCCUCCUGGCCAUUGGGAUCGAGAGGCACAUGACUAUGGUGCGUCUGCGUCCGUGCGAGACGGCAGGUCGGGGGAGACUCCUUGGACUGCUGGCUGCUUGCUGGCUCGUGUCGGUGCUGCUCAGUGCCCUGCCCAGCCUGGGCUGGAAUUGCCUGGACGACAUGCCCUCCUGCUCCACAGUGCUGCCGCUCUACGCUAAGAGUUAUGUGGCCUUCUGCAUCAGUGUGUUCAGCGCCCUGUUGGUGGCCAUCAUCAUCCUCUACAUCAGGAUUUACCGCCUGGUGACCUCUAGCGGCCGCAGGGUGAGCAGCCGGCCUUCAGAGCGCUCGCUGGCCCUGCUACGGACAGUGGUCAUUGUUCUCGGGGUGUUUGUCAUGUGCUGGACCCCCCUCUUCCUUCUGCUGCUGCUGGAUGUUGGUUGCAGCCCAAAUAUGUGCCCCGUGCUCUACCAGGUGGACUGGUUUAUAGCCCUGGCCGUGCUCAACUCUGCCCUCAACCCUCUGAUAUACACUCUGUCCAGCAGGGAAAUGAGGGGGGCUUUCUUCCGGCUGCUGUGCUGCUGUCAGACCAGCAUGGAGCACACUGGGACUCCCGUGGUGGGCAACCCCAAUCUGGGCACGGUCAUCCCCACAGUGGAGAACAGCAAGACCAGUGCAGGAGGUGGCAGUGGGGCCGGCAAGUCAACGCUGAAUAGAGGGAAGGUUCCCGCCCCCAUCAACUCUGACCACAAGCAUGGAGAUCCCUCAGCCACUGCUGUGCUGGUGAAGGCGGGGGCGCUGCCGACCCUCAGCAAGUUCUGAGUGGAAGCACCUUAAUGAGGCGUUGCAGUCACACGGCAGCAGACACAGAACGGACACAGUCCUGCUAUCAGCCACUUUUUGUUUAUGCACUAUGGCCAGCGUAGCGAUGGUAUUCGGUUGGAACGAUAACGAUGCAGAUUAGAGUACAAUCAAAAUCACUUAAAGCCACUAUUUACAACAACAUUGUUCACAACACCAGAGUUACUAAUAUGUUGCGUUUGUCUUACACUAUGAUUAACUUUCUAUGUUUCACAUUUCACUGCGAAAUACAAUAUCAUAGACAUGGAUUAAACCAAGGCCGAAAUUGAAUAUCUUAAUUCAUGUCUGAAACGAGACUUGGUAAUGCUUAAAAAAAAAAAAAACAGCAUAUAAUUCACAGUAUUAGUGUUGCGUCUGUCGAUGCGUUUAUUUGAAUGUGUCAUUCAUUACAAGCAAUGAAGAUCAAAUUGGGUGCACUUGCAAGUACUCUUAAAAGCACCUGUAUUUGUCUUGGUAAACUAUUUAUUUUCUGUGAAAACAUUUGCCAUCUUAAUACUAUCGGUAUACCUGUUUAAAAUAGUUUGUGUGCAUAGAAAACGCCUGGUACUAGGACUUAAUUAUUGAUCUUUGUUAUGAUUUGAGAUGCACUGUAAGAGAAAACAAGACCAAAAGUUUGUUCCUCAGACUAGCAGCCUGCGACACACACACACACACACACACACACACACACACACACACACACACACACACACACACACACACACACACACACACACACACACACACACACACACACACACACACACACACACGGUGGCUGAAUGAAAAAUGACAACUACAUUGCCAUCAUUAGAUUCUUACCACUACGCGAGAGUGUAAAGAUUGUCCUCACUGUGGUUGCCACGGAAACAACUCUCAUCGGUAUAGGGUUCAACUUCUGUAUGGUGGCCAUUUUUUGGACUGUUGAUUCUCAGCUCUACAUAACCAACUCAUAUUUCGGUCUCUUUUGCUUCCAUUGCUUCCGAUGAGCUCAUCAAGAAACCACUCACACAUGUCAACUAACCACUAGUGAAUAAGAGUGUUGGAUGUGAAUUAUUUAAUGGUGGUAGACUGUAAAUAAAACGUCUGUCUAAGUUGGUGGAGUGCCUGAUACCAUUAUAUAGCAAAUAAAAUAAAAUCCUAUUCCCUUUUAUGAGAUUUUUACACGUGUCAUGUUUUGAUAUUGAAUCAAUGAC